AACAUGCUUGUAGAAUAGAAGGCUCUCUAAAACUUUUUUUUUUUUCUUCAAUGAUAAUGGUCAGAUGUUCUAGUAGUUAAUUAAUUAAUUCGUUUUAGAAGUAGAAAAGAACGAGAAAGCACAUUUUCUGAAACUUUCAAUACUCCGAAGGGGCGUGCGGUGCCACUAUGAGGUCUGCCUGCUUGAUACUGUUAGCAUCUCUUAUUGUUUGCAAUCUUACCGUGAACUUGGGGCAACAUAUUUCAGAUGAAGGGGAAACCGAAGAACGAGUACCUUUAGAUGAAAUUCUACAGCGAGCCGAAAACCUCCUCCUCAGAUCCAUCCUAAAAAAUAUUGAAGUGGAAGACACUUUUAACGAACAAGUCUCUCCUCAACAGGAACGGCUUUCUAAGAGACAACAUCCUGGGAAGAGGUUUCAAGAUGAUAUAGAGAAGAGACAGCACCCUGGAAAACGUGAUGAAGAUGAAGACAUGGUUUACCUGGACGUCGAGAAAAGACAGCACCCUGGAAAGAGGGAGGAGGAAGAGGACUACAUAGACAUGCUAAAGAGACAGCAUCCAGGGAAAAGGGAGGACGAGUCUGAAUCCUAUACGGAGGUGCAGAAGAGGCAGCAUCCGGGCAGAAGGUCCUUGUGGGACCAGUACACAGAUAUCCCCAGCACCCAGAUGGCUUACCUGAGUGAGUUAUCCAAAAGACAGCACCCUGGCAAACGGUAUAUGCUGCUUAACAAACGUCAGCACCCUGGCAGGAGAAGCUUGGACGAGGAGCUGGACCUUGGGGAGCUCCAAGACUUGGAGAAGCGGCAGCACCUGGGCAAGCGAUAUCUGGAUUCAGAUUCAGAAUACAGCAACCCACUUCCCUGUGAUAUCCAAGACCCUGCCACUUGCAGCAAGGCUAGUUUGUUAUUAGAGUUGCUAGAUAAUGUGAACAAGAGCAGGGCUGAAGAGAAAAGGCAACACCCCGGGAGAAGGCUUGCUUUAGAGGGGGGGUUGACAGAUCUGGAGUAAAAGAAAGUGAUGCACAGAAAAAUGUGUUUGAUGGAUUGAUAGUCUGAUUGGUUUAUUUGUUUAUUAUUUAAGACCACUUACUUCAAGGUUUGUUUUCUCUGGCAAUAUUUGAACCCUCUUGAAAAGGGAGUAAAAAGCAGACAUGAUUUCAUUUUUUACAUCAGUUGUUUGAAAUAAAUAGCAAAUAGAAAAUUAAUUGAACAAGGACAAAACUAAAAGGUAUAGUUUAUUUUAUACAUAAUGAUGGC